GCUAACAGCAGUCUGGGAAGCAGACAGUUCCUAUCCCUACACCUGGAGAAGUGGGCGAGAAUGAAAUUUCUUGAACCUGCAUGACCUGGAGUUGUGGGAGACGGCCAGCCAGGUAACUGCUGUGACCUUGAGCAGAGGCACAAAGCCAAACCAACCUCAAAAAUGCCCCAUCUCUCCACCUUUGGAUCUCCUGCUGGGAUCUCUGGCUAAACCCAGCAGGAAGUGCCAGCCCUUCCAAGUUCCUUGAAUCCCUCUGCCUCAGCGUCAUCAUCUGUGAAAUGGGGAGUGCUAGUAAUACCCAUCUCCUAAAGUGUGAUUAAGCGAGGUAAUGUGCUGAACGGCCCGGGGACACAGUGCUCAGGAAAGGUUUCCUUAUCUUACGGUUACUGUCAUUCCUAGGUCUGGCAGUACCCUGGGGAGACAGGUGUGCAGUGUUGCUCCCUUUAUGAUGCUUGUGCUCUCUUGUGAGGCACAGGCUGGAAUGUGAACGAAGCCAUCCCUCCUAGACUGGAGGGACCCCUCCUCAUUGCCGUUGACUCCCCGACAGUGAAGACUGUGUGCAGGUGGUCUGGGGCGGGGGGCUAGGCUGUGAGCUGGCUGAAAGUGGGGGCCAUAUGAACACGGCACCCUAGGGCACUGGUCCAUCUGCCCAGAAAUAUUUGUAUUUCUGUCCUCUGCUUGGCCUCUCUAUAACAGGGCCCAGUAAGAAGAAGCAGGCCCCCUCACCCCUCCUGUGUGGGGAACAGAGGCUCCAAAGGCACUUCAGUUGGGGUGCAAAUGUUGGUGGCCAGAGAAAGCCUGAGGUGGCUCUGUGAUCCCCGCUUGGCUCCAUCACUGGCCCACUGGGGAUCACUGGGCUAAUCCCUUCCCAUCUCUGGGCCUCAUCAGAACUCACCGUCAGAGUCUAGAGACUAGAUGUGUGGGUGUCUGUGGAAGCAGGGGGAGAGGCUCCAGGGACCAACGAGGGGGCCCAGGAAGAGGCCUCCCUGCCGCCCACACAGUAUGUCCGUAGUGGUCACAACAGCCCUGAGAGGUGAGUACCCGUGUCCUCCCCAUUGUACAGGGGAGAAGCGUAUCUACCGGGUGCCGGUGUUCACAGCAGCAUUCUGCCAGGCCCUGCUGGAGGAGCUGGAGCACUUCGAGCAGUCAGACCUGCCCAAGGGAAGACCCAACACCAUGAACAAUUAUGGGGUGCUGCUGCACGAGCUAGGCCUGGAUGAGCCGCUGGUGACGCCACUGCGGGAGCGCUUCCUGCAGCCGCUGAUGGCCCUGCUGUACCCAGACUGUGGGGGGGGCUGGCUCGACAGCCACCGGGCCUUCGUGGUCAAAUACGCCCCGGGCCAGGACCGGGAGCUCGGCUGCCACUAUGAUAACGCCGAGCUCACCCUCAACGUGGCCCUUGGCAAGGCCUUCACGGGGGGCGCCUUGUACUUUGGGGGCCUCUUCCAGGCACCGUCAGCCCUGACCAGACCCCUGGAGGUGGAGCACGUGGUGGGCCAGGGCAUCCUGCACCGGGGUGGCCAGCUGCACGGGGCCCGGCCACUGGGCAUGGGCGAGCGCUGGAACCUUGUCGUCUGGCUCCGGGCCUCUGCUGUGCGCAACCGCCUGUGCCCCAUGUGCUGCCGCAAACCCGACCUGGUGGACGACGAGGGCUUCGGCGACGGCUUCACCCGCGAGGAGCCCACCACCGUGGAUGUGUGCGCGCUGACUUGAGCGGGGCCGCGGUGGGGUAGCACGGCCAGCGAGGGCUCUGCCUCCUUGGGUUGGGCUGGACAAUAAUAAACUCCCUGCCUCCCUCAGGCCCUUCUUGGUUCGAAAGGA